AUGAUUAGGGUAAAUGAAGACUAAACGUCGGUUCCCUCCGAUGAUGGCUUCAAUACUACGAUUGAAGCGGACAAACGUCUGAACCAAUCCAUAAUACUUGUGUUUUCCGAGAGUGUUAAGUACAUUGACACUGACUCAGAUGAUGGAAUUGCACACUUCUUUGCUGAAAGUUCCCUGGGAUCGACUCCCACCCUGCUGACCGAUACCAUGGUAGAGCUCAAGGAAGAUACCGUGUUGAAAUACGCAUUAUGGUGUUCGAACGGUGAAAAAGCUCUUUUGGACAUCGCUUCUGCUGAGGAUUUCCCAUAG